CUCUGCCAGGACCAAGGGGACUUAAAAUGUGGGAUUGUUUGGGGGAAAACAGAAAGCUUUUCUUGCACGUCGACGUAAGGACACUAACUACCUCACAGAGAAGAUGCUUUCUUCGAUAGAAUGAGUAAAGAAAAUGUAUGGAUAGAAAAGGACCUGGCCUUUGGCUUUUCAGGCAAGGCGUAUGGGUCCUCAAGGAGUAUUGUGAGAAGAAUAGCCACCAAUCUUCCCCUUAAACCAUGCCCCAGGGUCCAUUUUCAGCUGUCCAGUAUGUCUGCUUUAGGUCAGUUCACCUUGCAACCUGUAACAACGCUCAAUCCUUACACUGAGGACAGUAGUGUCCUGAACAGUGCUGGGAGACAGAAUGGACUGGUGGCCUCUCUGGCUGAUGUCGUCUGGAUCGACAGGGAGGAGGAGGAAGAUGAACAUGACUGGUUUGGAUUUAGGAGACGGAGGUCAGAGGCACCGUCAGGGCUCAUGUUCCGUUCUCACCCGCCUCAGCCCAAACAACAACAACCGUUGCCCAGACGUAGUUCUUUACCCAGCCUGCACCAGGCUGAGCUGGAGCCCCAGGGUCAGACCCGCCGCAACGAUGAGGCCAUCCAGAAGAUCAGUGCUCUGGAGACGGAGCUGGCCAAACUCAGAGCCCAGAUCUCACAGAUAGUACUGACCCAGGAGCAGAACGCACAUACACCAGCCCCAGGGGGUCCUCCUGCUCCAGGCGGCCCUCCACCUCCACCCUGCGCCCUUCCCCCUCCUCCACCCCCACUCAUGGGUUUCCAGCGGAGCUUCUCGGUCAUUGACCUCAUCCAGGAGCGCCGUGGGAAGAAGACCGACGGCCAGACACUGCUGGACCAGGGGCCCAAGCAGGCAGAGGUCCCCAACAUGCUGGAUGUGCUUAAAGACAUCGGCAAAGUCAAGCUGCGCCCCGCCAAGAGCCGGCCAGAGAAGAGCCAAGCCAAGCCUAGUGAGCCCACAGACGCUGCGUCUCUCAUUGCUAAUGCCCUGAAGCGCAAGUUUGCCCAUCGCUAUCGCCACAACAGCAAUGAGGACAAUGAGUUUGACUUCCCAGCCUCUGAACUGAAACCUUUCUGUUCUGAAUUCCCCAAGACAGACAAAGUAGAGAUUCCCCUGGUAAGGAAGCACCAGUUGAAAACCCCAGCCCCUGUAGUGAAACCACACCCAGAGACACCCUUGUUUGGGCAGCACAUGUUGAAAUCUACUGGCAAGAGAAAGCUCCUCUGAGCACCUGCAGAGAUAGGCUGGAGUUCUGGUCUGAGUUCUGGACCUCCAGACACCCAUGGACACUUAAGUGCCUUAUCAACCCGUGUGUCAGCUGUUUCUGUGGAUGGACACGUUGUUUCUGUCUAGAUAUGCAGUCAAUCUGCUCUCCAUUCCUACUCACCAACAGUGUUGCAUUGACUCAUAGUCUUCAGUUCUUGCGCUUUGAUAAUAUACAGUAUCCAUUUUUCAGGUGUACCAUGUAGAUUUUACUUUUGUUUCAUUUAAAUGUCCUAUUUUUGUUUCUUAAAAUGAUGCCAGUUUUGAAAUCUCCGAUCUUAAAUUAGGAAGGUCCAAGUUUGUUUGUCAGAUUUUCUUUUAAUGUAGAUGUAUUUUGUAUCAUAACUAAAUUCCAAUAUGACAUUCACCCAGUGUGUUAUGUUCUGGAUAUGCACUCUGUAACACUACAGAAUCCUAACAUUCAACUGAGAACCGUUAAUAACGACAUGUAUUAAAGGGGGAUUUAUGGGAAAUUACUGUUUCUAAAUGCACAUAGACGGAAAGGCUUAUCCAUUUUGCAUGCCCUUUAAGGCAGUUGUAUUUCUCUUUGCCUCUACUUCUUGCUAUGGGUGGAGAGAUGUCUGCAGUCAUUUGGUCCCUUUUGUGUAGGAUUGGGCCAUUUUAUAUUUUUGUAAAUUGCAUCCUAGUCAAUUUAGUUUAUGAUUUCUUGAACACUGUUUGGUUUUUAGAACAGAGUUUAUAGUGAAUACUUGAUACAAAUAAUUGUUGUAGUUGCUACCAAUUAUCAAUGCGUGUGUGGUUGAUUUAAUUGUGGUUUUAAUUUUAGACUGGCUCUUUUAGCUUUGAGUUGAACUGGGACCAGUUUAGUACCUCACUAUGAAGAUUGGACCAAACUUACACUAAUCUACAGUAUGGUGACAGUUGUCUUAAUGCAUUCUGAAAGAAAACUAUGCUAAUGUUGAUCUAAAGCUGUAACACUGGGACACUCCACCAGUCAUUUUACUGAUGCUGGGACGGAGGAUGUUUUUAUUAGUUCCAAUCUGUGUAUUCUGGCUCAUGACAUAUGGGACAAGCCCAGUGGCAUUAUGGGAGGUAAUGCUACUCAGUGACGAGCUGUGUUUCCCUCUUUCUUUAACCCACAGAAAAUGGUGGCUUCAUAUGAUACUACCAAGAUAUUUUUCAAAGAACAGUUUCAUAAUUGAUGUUUUUUUUUGUAGAAUGUGAAGUGUUUUAUCCGCUCACCUUGAUCGCAUGAUUCAAAUGACUAUUUAGGGGGGAACAGUAUUUUAAUUAUAUAUAAGUCUAACCUGUGAGUCUGGUUCGUUUAUCCUUUGAAGGCAAGGGCCAGUUGGUUUAUCAUUGACAUACUGUACUGAUAGUAUUUUUCCUGCUCAGUUUGUCUAAGCUUUGAACCUGUGCAUGGUGGGAGUGUAAGGGAACAUGGACAACUGUCAGUAAUACUUGAUGUAAAACCCUAACUCACACCGAUCCCUAUAAUGUUUGAGGGGAGAUGUCAUCCACACUUGACAGAAAGCUGGAAUCAAAUUCAUGAAGUAGCUCAGCUGGUAGAGCACGGCGCUUGUAACGCCAAGGUAGUGGGUUCGAUCCCCGGGACCACCCAUACACAAAAAUGUAUGCACGCACGACUAAGUCGCUUUGGAUAAAAGCGUCUGCUAAAUGGCAUAUUAUUUUUUUAUUUAAUAAAACUAAAUGAAACUUUG